UGCGAGUCUCCAGCCCUCCCGGGGAGUGCUGCAGAGUGAUCGAAACCGAGCAAGAAUCUGCCUGAGGGGCAACACCUGUCCGCCCGCCUUUGCUCCACACCGGCUGCUUCCCCGCAGGACCGUCUCUCAUCGCCUCCCCCACUGAGAUCCCUCUCUCCAGCCAUGAGCAGCUCCAGACGUUUCAACCUCUGCACCGCCUUCCUUGUUACUAUAGAGUUAUGCCUGUUUCAUAAUGGCGAAAGUGCAACUACAUCCCCACUGUGUGCCCCAGGACAAGAAUGCAACAGUUUGGAUCCUACAGUUGAACUUCCGGAGGCUGCAAAGGUCGUAGUAUCAAAAUGCCCUUUGUCAAUGGAAAGCUAUUGUUAUAAUGGCGAGUGCAUGCAUAUUGUAAGCGACAAUAUAUCUUUCUGCAAGUGUGAUAAAGGUUAUUUUGGUAACAGGUGUAUGCACAUUGAACUGGUGAGGCAACCGCUGAGCGAGGAGGAUGUAGCGCUGGCCGUGGCUGUGUCCUUCAUGGUUCUAAUUGGUGUAUUGGUUGCCACCUGGUUAAUCUACAUAAGGUGCAAGAAGAGCAGAUCGAAAAAUCAACCAGAAUACACAGGAGUUCAAACAACAACCACCACAACAAAUUGUGUUUAAAUAGCACCUUUCAAAUCAGGAGGGCAUCCCAAUGAAAACUGCUUGCUAAGUAUCUGAAGAUACUGCAGAUUAGCUUCAAAUUGAAGUCAAAAGGUUUGGCAACCUUCACUCAUCUCAAAAACGAUCAUCAUGUUUAAAGUAAUAAUGAUAACAUGGGACUUGUCUAGCUAGGACUGCACUACCUGUUAGGGCUUUGGCUUGCAGAGCUGAGGAUAUAUCUGCACUUAGGUGUUUCUUAGGUGUCAGGUGUUUCUUUUCAGAGCUCAGGAGACCUUGCUUUAAACCUUUAUUUUACACUCAUUUAGACUGUGGUUUAGACUCAUUGUAUUGAUCUCAAAAUGGAGGACGGGCUGAGGGACAUUGUGGUUCCUCAUCGUCCGCUAUCUGGAACCCUGAUGAUGUGGUCAUGGCAUGAGCUACUCGGUAUGUUAAAGUGCUUGAAGUAAAUCAAGCAAAGGAAAUGAGGAAGGUAACAAUGCUGGUCUCAGGUUAUGGUAUAGGCAAGUUAAUACUUGACACAAGAAAUACUAUUGAAGUUAUUAAAAGUUACGCCUAGAUUAAUUUGGCCUCAAUAUUGUUUGGAUGGACAGAAAUGGCCCAUUAAGACUGCACUGGCUCUCAGUUGGAGCUGUUCUUCUAAUCCUCAUACCCAUGAUUUAUUUACAUACUUCUGCCCUAUCCCCAUACCACCUGCCAUAUUCCAAUGUGUCCCACCCUAGCCCCAUCCCCAUUUUGGAGAAAAAAGAUACAUUUUAAGCAACCAUACAAUGUAGAUUGCAAAGCAGUAAAAUACAACAUUGCUGUUUUAAAGCCUGCCCAUUUGAGCCAAACUGGAAUCAAUCUCAGGAGUGGGUGAUAUAGCUAACAAUACCCAUAGUAUGUAUUCAUGAGCAAUCAUUUCCUCACACAAACUGAUAUGUAAAGCUGCUUACAGAUUGCUUUGCUCCUACUACAUAUCAAAUUUGACAAGUCACGAGUGCUUUGUAUUUUUGUUUGAACUGCUAUUUGAAAGGCUAAGUUAAUAUUGAUGAGAAGGGAGAAAAGUACCAAGUUCUGUGAGGGGACCAACUUGUAUUGUGGAGAAUUCUUGUAAAAUAUUUAUUUAUAGGAAUAUAUUUAUAAGGUAUGGUAGUAAAGGUUUAAAUCACCUGCUUGUAAUGGGUACACAUGUGCUUUUGUCACAGACAUGGACCCAGCAGAGGGCGAUGUUUGACUGAUCUGUGACCAGCACUAUGAGGCUUGUAGCAAGUAGAAUUUUAUGUUUGAUUAUAUUUGGGAUAAAUCUCUACUAUUUAUGCUGGUUGUACUAAAGUCACUUAUUAUUAAAGUUAUAUCUAUUAGAGUUUUUAUCCAGAGCCACUCAGGAUCAAUUAUCAACUACAAAUCCACUGCGCCUCUGAAGUGUACAGUGAGAUUUAAAUGAAUGAUUGAUAGUACAGGGUAUUUACAGGUCAAUGCUAAGUGUGAUUUAACUACAAAGUUCUGGGUAGGAUCGAAUCACCACACACAUUACAAAUGCCAUUAAUUCUAAGACAAGUUCUUCCUCACAACUUUUCGCCAUUUUAUCAACUUUGCUCCUUUUUGGUAAGAUUGGCAACAGAAUCACUCCCUUACCAGAUAGGUCAGUUGAACACAAACAAAAUCCACUUUGAUAUCACUGUAUCAAUAUUAAAAUAUUUCUCAUUGGGAGAAUGAGAUCUGCAUUUAUAAAAUACUGUUUAAGACAAUUAUAAAAAAUGGAAAAAUAUACAGAUUUUUGAUAAUGCAUUUGACAAUUUUUGUAUCUCAGAAUUUUUUCUAUUCAUACAUAUUACGGUUUUCUAUUGAAAUAACAUUUUUCAGUUUUUCUGGCUUAAGGGAGCAAAAAUAUCAAUGUAGAAAUAUGAUGGCACUGUGGAAGUUUAUUGAGGUAGAGAAAAUAAUGUACAAUAAAAUAAUCUUGCAAUUUAAAAUAAUGCCUUAUCACAUCAUUGAAACAUCUCAAAGUGCUUCACGGGACUUACUAUAAAGUGUAGUGACUGUGUAUUUGUAGGUGAAUAUACUGCUGGUACUACAGGAAACGAAACUGCAGUUUCGGGAUACCUAAAUAGAACAUUGAUAACCAGCUAUAAUGUGCCUUGUAGCAAAACAGAUGAUUAUUAGCAGAAUAUGGGAAAGAUUCUCAUGUGCUUAUCCAAUUUCUUGCCGUAGAAUUAUCAGUCAUUUCACUGAUAUUCUGCUACUGAUAUAUUGUUUGUCGGAGGAAUUGACAGUGUAUGAUAUAAACAAAUAGAGUGAAUGGUAGGUUUUCAUGUUAUAAAGUUUCUGAAUUUGUAUUUCACAGCUUGAAACUGUUCAGCAAUAAACCUGCUUAUUAUAAAAA